AUGGUCGCCAAAUUUCAGUUGCGAAACCAUUCCCCGCCGACCUACCGGGUACUCGCGCUGCUGGUCGUCUUCGUGGUGCUCUCGGUUUUGCUAUUACGGGACGAUACUCCGGUGCAGCUUGAGGAUGUUCCCAGCAGCAACGAUGAUGUCGUCAAGCCUAUUAAGACAAGCUAUGACUGGUCUACACAUCCACAGAGGCAUCCAGUCCCCCUGGCUGAGAUGACAAGGCUACCGAACGGCCAGCCCCUCGCGCUCCCAAAGAUACAAUAUGAGUUCGCCGCGGACCGAUCAGACAGUCUGAAGAAGAGAGACAUCGGCCUCGACAUUGGCCUCAUGGCCUCCCGUCGCAAUGAAGUACGGAACGCCUUCAAGAAGAGCUGGCAAUCAUACACUAGGCACGCUUGGGGUUACGACGAAUUACAACCCCUCUCAUUGAGGGGCAAGAAUCGCUACAACGGAUGGGGUGUCACCUUGGUUGACUCCCUCGACACUCUUUGGUUGAUGGGCAUGUAUGAUGACUUCAACGACGCUGUCCAAUACAUUAGCACGAUUGACUGGAACAACGCGACGGAGACGAGAUGCAACAUUUUUGAGACAAACGUCCGGUACCUCGGUGGACUCUUGUCCGCGUACGAUCUCAGCGAGGAGCAAGUCCUCCUUGACAAGGCCGUUGAGCUCGCCAACAUGCUCUAUGCGGCCUUCGACACGCCGAAUCGCUUCCCUCCUUACAGCUUCAAUUUCGAGGAGCUCAGAGCCGGGAAAGUCUUGCCUGACCCCUAUCAGAGCGCAGCCUCCAUCGGCAGCAUGUCCCUCGAGUUCACCAGGCUUGCGCAGCUGACCGGCGACUUCAAGUUCUACGACGCCAUCGAGCGCAUAAAGAAGGCCUUUGACCGAAUCCAAGACGAUACGCUGCUGCCCGGCAUGUGGCCCAACUUCAUCAACGUCCGCGACGACUUCCAAACGACCAACAACGUCUUCAAGCUCGGUGGAGACGGCGAUGCGCUCUACGAAUACCUCCCAAAGAUGCACGUCCUCCUCGGCGGCCUUGACACGUCAUACGAGAAGAUGUACAGGGGCGCAGCGAAAGCGACAAAGGGCCACCUCCUCUACCGGCCCAUGACGCCGCAAAAGGACGACAUCCUGCUCCUCGGCACCGCCAUCGUCAACGAGAAGCUCCGCAAGAUUGACCAGAUCUCAGAGCUCGAGCACCUGUCCUGCUUCGCAGGCGGCAUGUUCGCCAUGGCGGGCAAGCUCUUUGACAUACCCGACGACGUCGACCUCGGCGACAAGCUCGCGCGCGGGUGCGCGUGGGCGUACAAGUCCUUCAAGAGCGGUCUCAUGCCGGAGAAGUCCCAGGUCGUCAAGUGCGACACCGUCGAGGUGUGCGAGUGGGAUGAGCAGAAGUGGGUGGCGCAGAGCAGCCACCACGCGCCUAGGGGGUUCUGGCGCAUCGACGACGCGCAUUACAACCUGCGGCCCGAGGCUAUUGAGAGUCUGUUUGUGCUGUACCGGGUCACUGGCAAGGCGGACCUUCUGGAUAUGGCGUGGGACAUGUUCGAGGCCGUGCAGAAGGCGACGCAGACCGACGACGCCCACGCUGUCGUCGUCGAUGUGACGUAUAGCCAGUCGCGGCAGGAGGAUAGCAUGGAGAGCUUCUUCUUUGCUGAGACGUUGAAGUACUUUUACCUCAUCUUCUCCGAUCCGGAGCUCAUCAGCUUGGAUGAAUGGGUUUUCAACACUGAAGCUCACCCACUCAAACGGCCGACAAAGUCUUGA